AUGGCCACAACCUUUCACCUCUUCCCCUACCUCCCAUGGGAACUCCCACCUUCAGCUUCACUUUCAGCUUCAGCCUCACCACCUGGAUUAGAAAGCACAUUACCAGCAAAACCAAAACUCACCGUGACCCGGUUCCCCAGCCUGCUAGACUACCAACUCCAAACCUACCGGCCAUUCAAGGAACAAGUAGAACGAUACCUCAAAGACCAACGGCUUGCUGCCGAGCACGAAGCAGAAAGGAUCAGGAUCAAGAUCCUAGAAGAGGAAGAACGAAGAAAGGGUGAGGAAAUGGUACGGCUAAUGGAAGAGGAGACGGUUCGAGGGAUGGAGGAGACGUGCAGACGAUUGGAGGAGAGUAUGACCGCUGAGUUUAGGAACAUGCAAUCUGAUUUUGGGUCUGGAUCAGGCUUAGGGGGGAUGAUGGGCCCUAUCAUUCCUGGCUUCGAUACCAGGGCCAGGACACAACAAGCGAUGACGGCCAUAGAAGGACAGAUGGAAGCCAUGAGACAUGCGAUAGGAGGAGGGCCGGAGGAUAUCAGGGCUAGAAUUAGGGUGGAUAUUGAAGCUAGCAGGCGACCACCGAGUGAGGGAAUUGACGGGCUGCUGAGAGAAUUCGGGAUUGAUGUUGAGGGGCAGGUGCGAGCGAUGGAGGAGAACCAGGAGAGGAUGAUGAGAGAGGCGGAAGCGAGAACGGCUGCGUUGCAGACGGAAAUGGAGGGAGCGAGGAGGGGGAGGAUAGAGGGCAUGGUAGAAUUAUUGAGGGAAGAGACGCAGAGAAGGAGGGAGGCUGAUGCGAUGUUGGAAGAGGAGGCAGCGAGAUUAAGGGAAGCGCAGGCGAGGAUGGCUGCGAUGGGAGAAGGGGGUGGUUUGGAAGGAAUCGGACCUAUGGGAAUGAACAGUGGGCCGGGAAUGAGAGCAGACAGGUUUGACAUGGGAGCAUGCAUGGGGGAAAUGGGAGCGAGCUCAACGACAGGGACGGUAGGAUGGCAAAGUGGUCCAGCAAUGACAGGAGUGGGUAGACUGGGAGGAACAGGAUCUUGGGGAUUGGGGAGUGCGAGACGAGCCAGCGAUGGGGGCAAACAGAUUUGA